UUUAUCCAAGCAAAUGUGACAAUGACCUCUUCAUUUCAUUGUCUUCUCCAUCGGCCAAAGCAAACAACAAAGCCAUCUUUUUUUCUUCUCAUAAACAAAAUUCAAACCCAACCCACCAGAUAAGCAGACUCUGCAUUAAAUUUUUGCCAAGUAUAAAAACCCAGCUAAUAGAUUUUCCUUGAUAUUAUUAUGAAUUAAAAAUAGAAUCUUUUCCAUCUUUUUGUUUCAAGACUUGAAAGUUGGGAUAUUUUACAAGUAAUAAGUAUGAGCAGAAAUAAGAAAAAGUGAUAACUGUAAACAAAAGAAAAUGGAAAAAAUAAAAAGAAAAGAAAAAGAAAAACCAAAGCACGCAGCCGUUAAAGUGCAUACUAUUUAUACUUUUCUCUGCAAAAAAUUCAAAGAUUCCAUGGAAACUUGUUGAUCAUGGCAACCUUCUAAUAAGGAAAGAAAUCACAUCUUGUAGAUCUUGUGAUUUUUAACACAAUCCAACUAAUACUUUUCAUCAUAUCUAUACAAUUAUUGCGUAGCAUUUUUAAGUCGUUAAAUCUUGAAUUUUUUCCUGGGAAAAUAAUUCCAUUAUAUCAAAUCUUGUUCUUUUCUUCUUCAAAAACCCAUUUCUGGAAUCAUUCUGACAGCUAUAUACAGGAGACCUAGAUAUUAAUUAGUUAAUCUCAUGGAGUUUGAAGCAGCAAGUAAGAAGAGAAACAAAAUGGUACAUAUGAAUCAGAAACUCCGAAGAAAAAUCACUGCAUUAGUCGUCGACGAUGAUACCACCAACCGAACCAUUCACAGCCGGCUGCUGCAAAAUCUCGGCAUAGAAAAUCAAGAAGUGAGGAAUGGAAAAGAAGCCAUUGAUCUCCAUUCCUCAGGCAGAAUUUUUGACCUCAUUCUCAUGGACAUGGACAUGCCUAUCAUGAAUGGCAUUGAGGCGACGAAGCAACUCCGAGCCAUGGGAAUACGCAGCACCAUUGCCGGAGUAUCUACGCGUUCCGUGAAAGAACAAGUGCAAGAAUUCAUGGAAGCUGGUUUAGAUGAUUAUCAAGAGAAGCCAUUGACAAGUGCUAAGCUUAUUUCCAUCCUCCAUAAGAUUAGCCAUAAUGGUUCCGUUGUUUCAUAGAUCAGAAGCUUAAGACACAUAUAAUUAGGAUUAAUUAAUAAAUUUUGUGUUUAAUUAGUUUGCUCCAUGUAUUAUUUAAUAGGCUUAGCUUUUGCUGUAUUGUAAAAUUCUCUUCAAAUAUUU